GGGAGAAUCACACGCAAAACAAAAGAGCGAGGAGCCGCUCCGGCCCGUGUGUCGGAGUGGGAGCUCGAGCCCGGCGCUCAUUGGCUGCCCCGGCGCCCCGUGGAGCUGCAUAAUGAGCGGGCCACCAGCUUGGCCCACCAGCUUGGCCGCAGGUUUCCUGGAGCCUCGUUCUCCAGAGCGCCGGAGCCGCGUCGCAUGGAAGCCGCGGCGGUAAGAUGAUCGGCGUGGUGCUCAGCAGCGUGCUCGCGGGGCUGCUGGCUCUCCUUCUCUACCAGAGGGUGGCCUUCCCCUUCUUCUGGGAGGAUCUCACGUAUUACUUGAAACUUCGGAGCUACGGCAAGACGCUGCGGGCUCGCAUGCAGCGAGGGAUCGUCACAUACCUCGACAGUUUCCUCCACCAGGCGAAGAACAACCCGAACAAACCCUUCAUCGUCUUCGAGAACCAGACCCUGACGUACCGGGACGUGGACCGGAGAAGCAACCGGUUUGCGAACGCGUUCAGGACUGAGGGCUCCCUGAAACAAGGAGACAUUGUUGCGCUGUUGAUGUCCAACGAGCCGGACUUUAUCUGCGCCUGGUUGGGACUGUGCAAACUGGGCUGCGAAGUGGCCUUCCUCAACGUCAACAUUAAAGCCAAGUCUCUGCUGCACUGCUUCCACAGCUGCGGGGCCAGGACGCUCGUUGUCGGCGCAGAUUGUGUGCGUUUGGUGGAGGAGGUGCUGCCUGAUCUGAAGAAGGACGACAUGGCCGUGUGGCUGGUGGAUCACACGUCACCUUCUGAGCAAGUCAGCACUUUACUGGAUAAGGUGGAACGCAUGUCGGGAGAAAACCUCAGUGAUCUUCCCAAAGUUGACAUCAUGUCAAACUUUCUCUUCAUCUUUACGUCAGGCACCACAGGUCUCUCCAAGGCAGCCCGAGUAGGUCAUAUGAAAGCCAUUGUGAGCAUGGCCUUCCUUCAUCUGUGUGGAGCCACAUCUGAUGACGUCAUCUACGUCACUCUUCCUCUUUACCACAUGGCCGCCUCCCUGUUGGGGAUCGGAGGUUGCAUACACCUCGGUGCAACGUGUGUGUUGAAAAAGAAGUUUUCUGCUAGUCAGUUUUGGAAGGACUGUGUGAAACACAAUGUGACGGUGGUGCAGUACAUCGGAGAGCUCUGUCGAUACCUGUUCAACCACCCCGUGGUUCCAGAGGAGAAGACUCACCGUGUUCGGCUGGCGGCAGGAAGUGGUCUCAGGCCAGAUGUCUGGAGGGAGUUUGUCCAACGCUUCGGUCGGAUCAAGAUCAGAGAGGGUUACGGCUUGACUGAGGCCAGCAUCGGCUUCCUCAACUACACCGACGAGGUCGGACCAAUCGGAAGGGCGAGCUAUUUCAACAAGCUCUCGAUGCCCUUUGAGCUCUUGAGAUAUGAUCCACAAACAUACGAGCCAGUCCGUACCGACUCUGGAAGAUGCAUUCGAGCAUGCAUAGGAGAGGCAGGGGUCCUGGUAGCUCCACUGACCGCCAUGAACCAGUUCUUGGGUUACGCUGGGAACCAAGUCCAGUCUGAGAAGAAGCGGCUUAGGGGCGUGUUUAAAGCUGGGGAUGUCUAUUUCAACACGGGGGACCUCCUGCUCCACGAUCACAGGGACUUUCUUUACUUCCGUGACCGCAUCGGAGACACCUUCAGGUGGAAAGGCGAGAACGUAUCCACCACAGAGGUGUCCGAGGUUUUAGGUCUUCUCGAUUUUAUCCAGGAGACCAACAUCUACGGAGUCACCAUCCCAGGACAUGAAGGUCGGGCAGGUAUGGCCGCUGUCGUCUUAAAACGGGAUCACAGAUUAGAUGGAACAAACCUCUACAUCCAUUUAGUAAAAAGCCUCCCUGCAUAUGCCUGGCCGUGGUUUCUCAGAGUACAGACCUCUCUGGAUGUGACGGAGACCUUCAAGCAGCAGAAGAUGAAGCUGGUCCAGGAGAGUUUUAACCCAGAGGUCACCGAGGAUCUGCUGUACUUCUUAGAUGUCUCUCAAAAGGACUACGUUCCUCUGACUGCGUGUCUGUAUCACGACAUUGUGUCCGGAAAGAUCAAAUUAUAAACAUUCCCCGUUCGUCACCAUUUUCAAAGAUCCACGAUUCGAUUUUUGAUGUUAAGGUCACAAUUCGAUUUAAAAAGAAAAAUGUAAACUGUCAAUACUAUGGGUAUUUAUUGUGUAGCCCGAGGUGGCGUAUAGUACAUCUAUAGUAGCGGAGCCUACAAACUGGAGGUUAUUUUUUUUUCCAACAAUGUAUUUGUUGUUUACAUAACUCCCAGGGAAAGCAACAUGUCAGCACAGGACUGAAAGCGUGCAAGUAGGCGGGAUGGAUGCUUAUGUUUAAAGGUCGACUUUGAAAUCUCUUUUGCAUUGAUUUAUUUUUAUUUUUUAAAAUUAAGAAUCCAAAUCGUCCCUGAAUAAACCCAACCCAUUUUGUGGCUAUUUGUCACUUGGAACCCUGGUUUGUGAUCAGUGCCACAGCGAGGAGCUCCCAACUGUUUUAAAUGGCAACCCCUAAAAACCAAACCUGCGAAAGUAGAUUCUUACUGGGUCAGUGGGCAUUUUUCUAAUUUAUUUUGACCUCUUCAGAGAGAAGUAGGCUUUCAUUAGAAACAGCGUUGUUUUGUUUUUUAUCAGAGACAGGUCUUUGUCUAAUUUGCUCUGUUUGAUGAUCAUAUGUACAUUUCACACGUCCAUCAGUCAUGACAUUCUCCCCACUCUGAUGCGCUCACUUUCUCUUUUGAACAGAAAUGUUGUUUUUAAUAAUCCACGGGAGCCUGCUGAACGGUUGUUGUUUUUUAUCACUGGUUUGUUAUUGCCGAUAGACCUCAAAGCUCACGUUUCACAUUUAUCAAGAGCAAUGUGCAGGGUUGGAAUUCUUAUAGAAUUUAUCACUACCGUUUCAUGGAUAUUAUUUGUAUUUUUAUUUUUU